AUCACCUUGUAGUGAUUGGCGUCAGAAGUCUUCUGUGACCAGAAAUCACUCGCUUUUCUCAGUUUAUUGCUCACCCCCUGACUUCGUGGUCCAGUCUUUGACCAUACCAGCUCUCUCCUACUGCAAUGCCUGUGCUGACAAAGCUACUUUCCUCAUGGGCAUUAAUUCCUCUGAGUUGGUGAAGGGCUUGAUCCAUCCCAGAAUCAAAGUUGGUAAUGAAUAUGUUACUAGAGGUCAAAAUGUAGAACAGCAUCUGACUUAUUUCUUUUUGGUGUUUUUAAAAGCUGGCCUUCUGGAACAACUGGAAGCAAUGAGAGAUGAGAGACUAUCUAAAGUCUUCACAUUGUUCCAAGCCAGAGUACGGGGCAAAUUGAUGUGAAUCAAGUUCCAGAGGAUUCUGGAGGAGAGGGAUGCACUUCUUUUGAUCCAGCGGAACCUAAGUGUUUUCAUGGCUGUGAAGACCUGGCCCUGGAUGAGGCUCUUCUUCAAGAUCAAGCCUCUUGUUAAAUCUGCUGGAAUGGGAAAGGAGAUAGCUGCUCUGAAGGAGGAGUGUGUGGAACUGCAAAAAACCUUGGAGAAAUCGGUCUCGGAAGAACUGAAAGCAAAGCAGUUCUCCUUCAUUAGGAAAAAGAAUUACCUGCUUCUUCAGCUGCAGGCUGAGCAAGAGACCCUGGCAAAUGUUGAAGAGAAGUGCGAGUCGCUGAUUAAAUCCAAGAUCCAGCUGGAGGCCAGAGUCAAGGUGCUGUCUGCGCGGGUGGAGGAAGAAGACGAGAUAAAUUCCGAGCUGACUGCCAGGGGGCAGAAGCUCGAAGAUGAAUGUUCCGAGUUGAAGAAAGAAAUCGAUGACCUGGAAACAAUAUUGGUGAAGUCACAGAAGGAGAAGCGUGCUACAGAGCACAAGGUCAAGAACCUGACUGAGGAAGUGGAGUCUCUAAAUGAGGAUAUGAGCAAACUUAACAGAGUGGCCAAGGUCAUGCAGGGGGCCCAUCAGCAGACGCUGGACGACCUGCUCACAGAGGAGGACAAACUCAGCAGCCUGAGCAAAGCCAAGUUGAAAUUGGAACAGCAAGUACAUGAGGUAGGUGGUGUUCUUGAAGGUCAGGAGAGGAAAGCAAGAAUGAACUGUGAGAGGGAAAAGAGCAAACUGGAGGGCGAUUUUAAGCUGCAGUGUGUGAGUAUGAAGCACCUGGAGAGCGGCCAGGUGCAACUGGCAGAGAAGCUGAGCAAGAAGGAACUAGAAAUGAAUCAGAUGAAUUUAAAGGUGGAGAAGGAGAAAGGCCUGGUGGCUCAGCUUCAAAACAUGGCUAAAGAGCUUCAGAUAAUCAUUUAUCAAAUACCUGCUUUAAAAAGGGAACUGGAAGUUGAAAGGACCACCCGAGCUAAGAUGGAAAGGGAGAGAGCUGACCUCACCCAAGAAUUGGAAGCCUUGAAUGAGAGGCUGGAGGAGGCAGGAGGUACCAGUUUGGCUCAACUGGACAUAACUAAGAAACAGGAAACAAAAUUUCAGAAGCUUCACUGAGACAUGGAAGAGGCUACACUGUACUUCGAGGCAACUUCUACCACUUUGAAGAAGAGACAUGCAGACAGCCUGGCUGAGCUCCAAGGUCGGCUUGAAAAUUUACAACAGGUCAAGCAGAAAUUAGAAAAAGACAAGAGUGACUUGCAGCUAGAAGUGGAUGACCUCCUGACCAAUGUUGAGCAGAUGACCAGAGCUAAGGUAAACUCUGAGAAGCUCUGUAGUCUGUAUGAAGAGCGCUUGAAUGAAGCAAAUGCAAAACUAGAUGAAGUGACUCAGUUGGUAAAUGACCUGAAAGCACAGAAAACAAAGCUAUGGAGUGAGAAUGGAGAAUUCCUGAGGAGGCUGGAAGAAAAGGAAGCUCUGAUAAACCAGCUGGCUUCCAGGGAAAGGAGCAGCUUCACUUGGCAGAUAGAAGAACUGAGAGGGCAACUGGAAGAGGAAUCCAAAUCACAGAGUGCCCUGGCCCAGGCCCUGCAGUCAGCCAAUCAUGACCGUGACCUUCUCCAAGAGCAGUAUGAGGAAAAACAAGAGGCCAAGGUUGAGCUGCUCUGGGCUCUCUCCAAAGGCAAUAGUGAAACGGUGCAGUGGAGAAUGAAGUAUGCAGACGACAUUGCCCAGAGGACUGAGGACUUGGAGGAUGCCAAGAAGAAGCUGGCCAUGAGGUUGCAGGAGGCUGCUGAAGCCAUGGGGGUAGCAAAUGCCAGAAAUGCUUCCCUGGAGAGGACCAGGCACCAACUGCAGCUCGAGCUGGGGGACACCCAGUCUGACCUCAGGAAGGCCUGCUCCCUAGCAGCUGUGCUGGACCGGAAGCAGCGGCCCCUGGACAAGUGCCUGGACACCUGGAAGCAGAAGCAGGAGAGUCACGGGCCGUGCUGGGGGCCUCCCCGAAGGAGGCCCGGGGCCCUCAGCACCGAGCUCCUCAAGCUCCGGCACGCCUACGAAGAGAGCCCUGUGGGCCAGGAAACCCUCCAGAGGGUGAACGAGAAUCUCCAAGAAGAGAUUUCUAAUCUGACAAAUCAGGUCAGAGAAGGAAAGAGGAACUUAAGUGAAAUGGAAAAGGCCAAGAAACGGAUUGAACAAGAGAAGACUGAAGUCCAGGCGGCACUGGAAGGAGCAGAGGGAGCUCUGGAACAUAACGAAAGCAAGAUUCUUCACUUCCAGCUUGAACUCUUGGAAGCUAAAGCAGAACUUGAAAGAAAGCUUUCAGAGAAAGAUGAAGAAAUAGAAAAUUUUAGGAGGAACCAGCAAAGUACUAUUGACUCCCUGCAGUCUAGUCUGGAUUCUGAAACUAGAAGCAGAAUUGAGGCGAUCCGGCUAAAGAAGAAUGUGGAAGGGGACCUCAGUGAGAUGGAACUCCAGCUUAGCUAUGCCAACCGGCAGGUGUCAGAGGCAACCAAAUCCCUGGGCCAGCUUCAGACUCAGGUCAAGGUCCUUUGGGUGCAGCUAGAUGACAGCACACACCUGAGCAGUGAGCUGAAGGAGCAGGUGGCUAUGGCUGAGAGGCACAACUCUCUUCUCCAGUCCGAGCUGGAGGAACUGAGGUCCUUGUACAAGCAGACAGAAUGCGGGUGCAGGCUGGCAGAGGAAGAGCUCCUGCAGGCCAUGGUCAAUCUUUUCCAUACCCAGAAUACUAUCCUCCUCAGCCAGAAGAGGAGACUGGAGGUUGAUGUUGGCAGGAUGCAGAAUGAAGCCGAAGAGGCAGUGCAGAGGUGUCAAAAUGCAGAAGAGAAGGCCAAGAAGGCAGCCACUGAGGCAGCAAACAUAUCAGAAGAUCUGAAGAAGGAGCAAGACACCAAUGCCCACUUGGAGAGGAUGAGAAAGAAUAUGGAGCAGACAAUUAAAGACUUACAAAAAAGUCUGGAUGAAGCUGAACAGACUGCCAUGAUGGGGAAUAGAAAGCAAAUCCAGAAACUAGAAUCUAGGGUCCACGAACUGGAAGGUGAACUGGAGGACGAAACCCGUCGCAGCUCGGAGACCAGGAAGGGAGCCCGCAGGCUGGAGCGAUGCGUCCAAGAGCGGACAUUUCAGGCAGAGGAAGACAAGAAAAAUCUGAGCAGGAUGCAGACUCUGAUGGAUAAACCUCAGCUACAAGUACAAAGUUACAAGCAGCAAAUGGAGGCAGCCGAAGUACAAGCCAAUCAAUAUCUUUCCAAGUAUAAGAAGCAGCAACAUGAGUUGAAUGAAGCUAAGGAAAGGGCAGAGAUAGAAUCUCAAGUCAAUAAACUCAGGAUCAAAGCAAAAGAGUGUAGAAAAAAGCUAAUGAGGAGUUGGCUAAGGCCUGCUUACUCUGGAAAGGACUGGGCUUCGUUCUGGGUGUGUGCCGCUGAUGAAAAUCACAGGAAUCUCACCGAGCACACUCAUACUCUGUUUUUCAGGCUCAUGAAGAAUAAGAAGUUCUUUGCUUAUGAAGGAUAG